GCAUUGGAGAUCUUCUUCGAUGUAGAACGGGGUUAAGAAACAUGUUUGAAUCCGAGCAAUGGGUAGGAAGUAAAUAUGGCCAGGCUACCAGUGGACUAGCUUAUGAAGCUAAGAAAAUUGUUCUUAGCUUGGAUAGAGAGGGAAGAAAUUUUUGGGAGAAAGCCGAGCAAAUUAUGAAAAUCCAAGAGCCAUUGCUUAAAGUGUUGAGAUUAGUGGAUGGUGACGAAAAACCAACAAUGGAAUUUAUAUAUGAAGCAAUGGAAUGAGCAAAAUUGGCCAUUAAGCAAAAUUCCAGAAGUUACAUAGACUACUGGAAAAUUAUUGAUGCUCGUUGGAAUUUUCAAUUACAUCAUGAUUUGCAUGCGGCUGGUAAGAAGCACAUAAACUUAAUACUUAAUACUUUAAUAAUUUCUAUAUCUUAUAAAUUUUAAUAAUAUUUUUAUGAUUUGCAGGAUAUUUUUUGAAUCCUCAAUAUCAGUAUGGUCCACACGAUAUUGGAAAUGAUAGUGAAAUUAUGGCAGGCCUUAAAAAUGUUAUUCAAAGGCUAGAGAGUGAUUUGGUAAAUCAAGCCCAUGCAUUGAACCAAACACAACUUUAUAAGCAUAAAAUGGAGAGUUUUGGUCCGCCUUAGCACAAAAAGCCAUUAAAUUCACUGAUCCAGGUAAAAAUAUAAGAUUUACACAUUAUGUUAUAUUUUUAGUGUUCUAAAAUAUAAAAUCAAAUAUUUGAGAAAAUAACCUAUAUUAUUAAAAUUAUUAUAUGUUUUAAUGCAGCUGAAUGGUAGAUACAUUAUGGUGAAAGUGCUCCUGAACUACAAAGAAUUGCAGUAACAGUGUUGAGUCAAACCACUUCUGCAUCUAAUUGUGAAAGAAAUUGGAGCACUUUUUCACUUAUACAUACAAAGACGAGGAACAGAUUACGGUAUCAAAAAUUGCAUGCACUCGUCUUUGUUCACUACAAUAUGCGGCUGAAGUUGAGGAAUUUGAGCAGAGAGAGUCGGCAUGAGCUAGAAAAGAGUUAUAAUCCAAUUAAUUUGGAUUACAUUUUCGAGGAAGAUGAUCCACUAAAUCCUUGGUUGGAGGAAAGGGAAAAUCCUGCACUUGAUGGUGAAGAAAAUCCUUGGCUAGAGGAGGAUGAGUCCGCUCCAUCACAAUCACAACAAGUUAAUGCUCCAACUCAUGGACAUAAUAUUGGAGGCAGUUGUGAUGCUGAACCUGAAGAUUCUUUUAUACUAUCUAGUUCCAGUGAUGAUGAUGAUGGUGGUAGUGGUCAGGGUGGAAGAGGUGAAGGUUGUGGAGCUAUUAGUUCAUUACAAUCACAUGAUGAUCCCUCUUCAUAUCAGAGGCAUAGUCCAUCUCCAGCUCCAGCUCCAACUUUGCAACAUACAUAUCACAGAUCCCGUGGUUCUGGUGGUAGCAGUGAUAAGGGAAAAGGUGUUGCACAUGGAGAGUGUUUUAUGGAUGCAUAUAAUUAUGGAUAUGGGACUUAUGGUGCAAGUGAAUCUUCAAUGGAAGCAACCUCUACUAGUGAUUAUGGAUAUAGAGGAAAUUUUCAAUGAGAUUACUCAAAUCCAUAUCCAUAUCAGCCUCCUCCAUCGUAUUCUGAUUUAUCUUUGUCAGAGCAAUCAUUCUCCCGCACUCAAACCCAGUCCAAUCCUAGUGAUCAAUUUGGUAUGGGUUCAUUCUUCAGCUUUGAUCCAUCACAAUACUAUCAAUAUCAUCAAGAUCAAAACUCUCAAUCACAAGAUGAAGGUGGUGGAUCUACUCAAGAACCUGCUAGACGCUCAUUCUAGUUGUAAUUGAGGUAAGUUACUACAUAUAGUGUUUAAAAUUUAUGUAUUUUAUGUUUAUUCAAUAUAUUUGUACUUGUUUAUAAGUUGUAUAACUUAAUUUUCGUUAUAUCUUUCAAUAUAUUUUAAUUUCAUGAACUUCACAAAUUUUCUAAAAAAAUUUGCACCGCGACAGGCCGUAACCGUUACGUUAUGACCGUUACAGGCCUGUUUCCGUUACCCGCGACCGCGACCGCGAACGCGGUCGCG